AUGGAGCUAGUUCAAAGGGUUGAUCUGCAACUGGGAUACAACGAUGUCACUUUGUCAAAGUCCCUGCUGAAUGCCACCGUAGGCAGAUGCUCGUCCUACUCUCCUUUGAUAAAUUAUGAAUCAAACAGCUUGAACCCUUGUUUCAUCGGCUUAGUUGUAUCUGCUCUGAGUGUACUUGUCAUAUUUGUUAGUGGUUUGCAAUUGGUUGAGACUUUUCUCUCCCCAAAGCCGGGAUCUCUCAAAUCAUGUAAUGGACACUAUUGGAUGAGAAUCAACUCUGUCCUCACUCAAGGUGCUUUAUCUCUGGGGCUGGCUGUUGUCUCCUACAAUUUAUAUGGCAUUGUCAGCGAUGUGAGAACAAUGGGAUACCUGCUAUCUGCUGGAUCCGUUUUUUUUGUAUUACUCCCGUUGCACGCGUUGGAGCCAAUUGUUCACAUAAACCCCCGAGGUUCAUUGUUAUACUAUUGGCUGGUUUCCAUACCGGUAAAUUUUUGUCUGUUUCUCCAGCAGUUAUAUGGCGAAUACCCCGUUAUUCGUGUAGAAUCCAACGUGGUAAGUGCAUUGUUCCUCUUAUUACUUAUCAACGGAACACAUAUAUUUUUCUCAGAGUUGGUAUUGUGGAAACCUACGUACCAGGUGGUCAACUACUACCUGGAGAAUGGUUUGGAUCUUGCAAUUCCAAAUGCCCUCUCAAGUAUCACAUUCACUUGGAUGAACCCGCUAAUCACCAAAGGCUACAAGCAAGGGUAUUUAGAUACUGAAGAUUUGCCUAAAGUCCCAAAAUUCUGUCAAUCAAGAUAUUCUGAAAGGCGGUUGGCUCAAGAAUGGAACAAGCAGAAAAAAACUGUCAAACCAUCCCUACUUAAGUCCAUUCUGGUGUCGUACGGCCUGCUUACUAUGGGUGCUUGUGCUGUGGAACUUUCAGAAAAUGUACUUAACUUCCUCCAACCAUGGCUGUUGAGAUAUCUAAUCCAAUACUUUGAUAAUUAUCAGAAAUACCCCUUAGUUGUUGGAUUUGCUAUAGCUUUUGCAAUGUUUUUUAUCACCAUUAUUCAAAGUGUUUUAUUCAACCAGUUUUUCAUCCUCAUCUACCAGGUUGGAAUCUCCCUCAGAGCAGGAUUGAUGAGUUUAAUCUACAAGAAAACUCUAGUCUUAUCAAACUCAGCUAAGAGCAAGCAUACCACCGGAGAGAUUGUCAACUUAAUGUCUGUCGAUGUAGGAAGAGUGGAAGAUAUUUCUCAGCAUGUGCAAACGAUGGUUUCCUCUCCUUUGAAGCUGGUCUUAUGUCUUCUUUCGUUGUACAAACUUGUUGGUAAUGCUACUUGGUCGGGCCUACUGGUGAUGUUUUUAGUGAUCCCAAUAAAUACAUACCUCAUCAAGAACCUUAGAGGGUAUCAUAAGCGACAAAUGCAGUUCAAGGACGAAAGAACCCGUGCUGUCAAUGAUGUUUUGUCGUCCAUCAAAAGUAUCAAACUUUAUGCCUGGGAAAAGCCAAUGUUAGAAAAGAUAGAUCAUUUGCGAAAUGAUAGAGAGUUGCAGAAUUUAGAAAGAACAGGUUGCUUAGCGGCUGUGGUCAAUUUUGCUUGGGCCUGUGUUCCUUUCUUUGUCUCUUGUUCUUGUUUUGCUGUCUUCGCAUUUACUUCGUCUAUCCCGUUGACUCCAGAUAUUGUUUUUCCAGCUAUAUCCUUAUUCAACAUCCUGUCAGUUCCAAUUUUUUCGAUCCCAGCUCUGUUAACUGCGUUAAUUGAAACUUCUGUGUCCCUUGAUCGUUUACAAAAGUUUUUGACCAGUGAUGAAUUAAUGAACGAGUUUAUAAAUUUUGAUGAUGAUCCUCCAGAAGUGGUACGUGGAGAGAUAGUUGUCAAGAAUUCUACUUUCCUGUGGUCAUCUCCCUCCCCCAAAAGUGAAAAUAUUGACGAAGAGUCAAAUAUUGGAGAUUCGUCUCAAAUAGCACUGAAAGAUAUUACCUUCAGCGCUAAAAAAGGUACUUUAACCUGUGUUGUUGGAAGAGUCGGAAGUGGAAAAUCAACUUUUUUGAAGGCUAUACUAGGACAAUUGUUAACUGUCUCCGCCGACCGCAUUAAUCCCCCCAAAAUUUCUCUCUCGGGAUCCGUAGCUUAUUGUUCGCAGGUUCCCUGGAUCAUGAAUGCAACGGUUAAAGAAAAUAUCUUAUUUGGGCAUAGAUAUGACGAAGCAUUUUACCAACAAUCCUUGGAAGCUUCGGCAUUGGUUCCUGAUUUAGAAGUUCUUCCUGAUGGUGAUGAGACUCUUGUGGGAGAAAAAGGUGUCUCAUUAUCAGGAGGACAAAAGGCAAGACUUUCCAUCGCCAGAGCCGUUUACUCAAGAGCUGACAUUAUAAUCCUGGAUGAUAUUUUGUCUGCCGUUGAUACUCAUGUUGGUAAGCAUAUAAUGGACCGAGUCCUGAGCAAGAAUGGGCUACUGAAAACAAAAACUAGAAUCCUCACUACCAACACCAUCCCAAUUUUGUAUCAGGCUGACAGUAUUCUGAUGAUCAAGAACGGUACAAUUUUUGAAAGAGGAGACGCUCGUAGUAUUGAUGAGAAACAGGGAGAAAUAUAUACGUUGGUGAAUGAGUUUGCACAAGAAACUGGUAAAAGAUUGACUUCCAACGAGGCAAGCGAGACUGAAACGGAAUACAACGUGGACGAAAAAGCUGAAGAAUUUUCAGAAGGGUCAGACGAAAAUCCUACCCUUGAUUUAGAUACAUUCUCUGUCCUCAGUGACCAAGUAGCACGGAGAGCAAGUUUGGCAACCCUAAAGUUUCCUCACACUACAUCCACUCCUGAUAAGAGAACUGCUCAAUCACAAGAAACUAAGGAAAAAGGAAACGUGAAAAUGGCAGUCUAUAAAGCAUACAUUAAAUCUUGCAGUUAUUCCGGAGUGGCUCUUUUCAUCGGAUGUAUCUUUCUAUCUACAGCGUUAUCUGUAGCCAGUAGUUAUUGGCUGAAACACUGGUCAGAGCAGAAUUUAAAGAACGGUGCCAACCUUCAUAUUAUUCCAUUCAUAGCCACCUAUACAGCUAUUGGUUUAAGCUCCGCUGUUCUUUCUUCGCUGAAAACUGUGGUAAUGUGGAUGUUUUGUUCUAUCAGAGCUUCGAAAUCUUUCCACUCAACAUUGACCCAUAGCGUUAUGAGAUCACCAUUGUCUUUCUUUGAGACAACGCCAAUUGGAAGAAUCAUGAAUCGAUUUUCCACGGAUAUGAAUAAAGUAGAUGAAUCCUUGCCAAGGACAUUUUCUUUGUUUUUGCAGACAUUGAUCAAGGUAUUCUUUACUGUCGCUAUCCUGUCAUUUACACUUCCGAUUUUCAUCGUUGUCGUUGCUGUUCUGUCUGUGUUUUAUUUUUACUAUCAACAGUAUUAUAUGAUGGCUUCAAGAGAAUUACAGAGAAUCAUGAGUGUGACUAGAAGCCCUAUUUUUGCGCACUUCCAGGAAACUUUGAACGGUGUUGACACUGUCAGGGCUUACAGACAAGAAAACAGAUUCCUGUAUUUGAACUCAGAAACUAUUGAUCGUAACCUGAAAUCAGUCUAUUGUUCUCGAUCCACGAACCGUUGGUUGUCAUUCAGGCUUCAAUUGAUCGGCUCUACCAUGGUUUUAGCAGCCGCAAUAAUGGCAAUUCUAUCCACUUUGACAAAAAAUCCACUAAGUUCCGGAACUGUUGGUUUGAUCAUUAGUUAUGCUUUGGACAUUACUAGCUCCCUAUCGUGGGUGAUUAGAGCCUGUGUCGCUGUUGAAACCAACAUCGUUUCUGUUGAAAGAAUUGAAGAAUACUGUCGCUUACCCUCUGAGGCACCAUAUGAACUUCCUGAUCAGAAACCACCCCCAAAUUGGCCAGAAAAGGGCUCCAUUUCGUUUCACGACUAUAGCACCCGUUAUCGUGAAAAUUUGGAUCCGGUUUUGAAGAACUUGAAUAUAAACAUUCAACCAAAGGAUAAAGUUGGCAUUGUGGGACGAACAGGUGCUGGAAAAAGUACUCUAUCUUUGGCUAUUUUUAGAAUUUUGGAAGCCUCAGAAGGGUAUAUUACCAUUGAUGGGAUAAACAUUUCUGAGCUGGGGCUAUAUGAUUUGAGACAUAGUCUGAGUAUUAUUCCCCAGGACUCGCAAGCUUUGGAAGGUACCGUGAGGCAGAACUUGGAUCCUUUAGGUCUUUAUGAAGAUGAACAGUUGUGGAAAGUUUUGGAGUUGUCUCAUUUGAAAGCUCAUAUAGAACAAAUGGAGACUGAAGAAGAUGAUGUCGUUCACAAGGGUCUAGAUGCUAAGGUUUCGGAAGGAGGAUUGAAUUUAUCGGUUGGUCAGAGACAACUGAUGUGCUUAGCAAGAGCAUUAUUGAACUCCUCCAAAAUAUUGGUUUUGGAUGAGGCCACUGCGGCUGUUGAUGUAGAGACGGACACAUUGAUUCAGAAGACUAUUAGGUCGGAGUUCAAGGAUAGAACGAUAUUGACCAUUGCCCAUAGACUGGAUACCAUUAUGGACAGUGAUAAGAUUGUUGUCAUGGAUAAGGGGGAGAUAAAAGAGUUCGAUACACCCGCUAAUCUGUUGAAAGAUACCAACAGUCUCUUCUACCAACUAUGCUUACAGGGAAAUUUUGUUCAGGAAGAGAAUACCAAUAGUGGCUCCUCUUAA